AUGGCUGAUGGAGCUUUCUACGGGAGGAGAGUCCUUCCUAAAAGGACAUCCAGAAUAGUUACACUGCUGGAAGCUGAGGAAGCUGUUGAGAACUCAGAUCAACCUGAGAACCUGGUCAUUUUGCCGCUGAGCACUGGUGACGCAAAUGUCGAUAGCGAUGUUGAGGACGGGCGUGAUGAUUUACUGGAUGACGACCAUAUCAUGGAACCUGCAGGAGAGAUGGAGCUAGAUGAGUACGAGUCUGAGGAUGAAGAUUAUGAAGUUCAUGGGUCUGAUGAUAGCGAGGAUGAGGGUAGUGGUGAGCCUGCGGCAAAGCGGACACCCGCGGGUGCGACACGCUGGAUGAAGAGGACUGCUUUCGACACCAUCCUUCCUGAAAUGGAACUGCCCUCAUUUAUUGACGAUCAUCCUGAACUUAUAACGGCGUCGCCUAUGGAUCUCUGGCGGGGAAUAUACACACCUGCACUGAUCGAGAAGAUUGUAGAUCAAUCAUUACUGUAUGCAGCACGGGAAAAAAACAACGACAGCUUCGGCUUGGAGGCAGUAGAUCUGGAGAGAUUUCUAGGAAUCCUUCUUCUUUCUGGUUACCACACUUUGCCAACUGAGAGCGACUAUUGGUCAACGCAACCAGACCUCGGAGUACCACUUGUACAAACAGCGAUGAGCCGUAACCGAUUCCGAUCGAUCAAACAAUACCUUCACUUUGUGGACAACCAAGCUCUACAAGAAGGAAAUAAAAUGGCAAAGGUGGCUCCGCUAUAUGAUAGCCUCAACGAGCAGCUGGUAAAGUGGAACAUCUUCCAUCCUCUGCUGAGUAUCGACGAGUCGAUGGUCCCAUAUUUUGGCAAACACAGUGCGAAGAUGUUCAUAAAGGGGAAGCCCAUCCGGUUCGGCUACAAAAUUUGGUGUUUAUGUGGAAGUGAUGGAUUCCCGUACCACUUGCAAAUUUACACCGGUCGCCAGGAAGGCAGGCCAGUGAGUCCACUGGGCCUGAGAGUGGUUGGCGACAUGGUCGAUGUAAUUCGAGUCCACUCCGACACCCGCUGCCACGAGUUAUUCUUCGACAAUUUCUUCACCAGCUACAGCCUUUUGGAAAUCCUGGCCGAGAAAAACAUGCGUGCAGUCGGUACUGUUCGGGACAACCGCACUGGAGGUGCUAACCAGCGUUUGGUCUCAACAAAAGAGCUCAAGAAGAAGGCCCGAGGCACAUUUGAUUACCGCUGCAACGGAACCGUGUUCAUCUGCAAGUGGAAUGACAAUUCUGUCGUGAAUGCCGCCAGCAACUAUGCCACACACGAGCCCCUUGCAACUGUGAAAAGGAGGGUGAAGAAUGUGUCUAACACCACUGUCACCCAGCCACAUCUCAUCCAACUCUAUAACAAGGGAAUGGGCGGUGUGGAUCUUUUCGAUCGGCUCCUGGGUUCUUAUCGCCCACGCAUCUCCGGCAAGAAGUGGUACUGGGCAUUAUUUGUCAACCACCUGAAUGCGACCGUUGUAGCUGCUUGGCGUCUGCACUGCAAGGUUCACGAGAAGCCUAUGUCCCACAUCGAGUUUCGUCGUGAGAUCACCGUCAGUUUGUUGAAAACCGACCUUCGCCCCGAACCACGAGUAUCCGGACUUCCGGUGGAUGUGAGAUAUGAUGGCGUCGGACACACAAGAGAGUCGACAACCCAAGGUCGUUGUAAGGUUUGCAAGCGAAACACGAGAUGCAAAUGCUCCAAGUGUGGUGUUCGGCUGCAUUUCGAUCAUGGUGCCAACUGCAACGAGUUGUAUCACACACGCUAG